CGAAGCCGACCGUCGCCAUUUUGAGUUACUAGGACAAGGAAGAGAAAAAACGCUAUUUAUUUCAGUCGUAUUUGAGUUAUAUAAUCACUGAAAGAUAACCGUUGAAUGUCAUGGCUAUGGUUCAAGGCGUUGGUGGRAAAAYAUUUAACAGAAGUUGAACUAAAUGGGGGUAAACUUUUGAAUGGAUGAAAUGGAUGGCCUUGAUCAGACGAGCCAACGUCAAAAGUGAAAAUCGCUUUUGAUUCAUUGAAGAAAGAAAUCAUUCCUUUGGYCGCGUAACUAACUGAGUUGUUGGGCUUGGAUGAUUUGUUGUCUUAACAAGUAUCAUCGAGCAGUGACUAUGCCUUGCCCUCAUCGAGUGUUUAUGCAAAGAAUAUUCGCUGCUGACCUUAAAAUGCGAGCACAGGGUUCGUGUAGCAAAUGUUCUACUCAAGGAAACGAUUUAUGGGCUUGUCUUCAGGACUGUUGUUCAUAUGUUGGAUGUGGUAAAUGCAACAAAAAUCACAUUGAGCUCCAUAACCAGGAAACUGACCAUCAUUUGUGUAUUAAUCUACAAACGUACAGUAUCUGGUGCUUCACAUGUCAAACUACUGUUGACAUGCCAACACCAGAUGAGCUAGAGUCCCAUGGUAAUAAGGGAAUAGCUAGUCACAAGACACACCACCACGAUAUUCUAGAUGAAGAUGACUUCCUUGACUUAGAACAAGGCCUAAAACCCAGAGGGCUGUGCGGAUUGACAAACAUCGGUAACACUUGCUACAUGAAUGCAGCUUUGCAAGCAUUAUCAAACUGUCCUCCCGUGAUGCAGUAUUUCCUGGACUGUAGUGCAAUGGUUGGAGAAAAUAAACACCCAAGUGUGUCCACUAACUUCUAUCAUUUAAUCCAUGAAAUCUGGUCUAGAAAAAGACCCAAGUCCUUUGUACCAUCACAAUUAUUAAGGAGUGUUAGAAGUGUAAAUUCGCAGUUCAGAGGAUAUGGGCAACAGGAUGCACAGGAGUUUUUGCGCUGUAUUAUGGAUAGACUGCACGAGGAGCUCAAGCAGCCCGUCAUGGCAUACUGUACUCCAUCGUGUGAUACAUCAGAUGAGAGCGAUGAGCCUAGUCACCAGGCAAAGAGAUUACUUGGUGGACAGGCACUGGAAACUACUAAUGAUUUAGAUAUGUCCUUUGAGAGCAGUGAUGAUCAACACAACACCAUGCCGUUAGACAGACGGAGAUCAAGUMCCGUUCUUGACACCUCUGAUGUUCAAAUCGAUAUCGAAAUGGAAGAUGAAGAGGUUUCUCCUUCAACAAAACUYACUAAUAAUAAAUUAUAUUCAAACGGAGAAUGCUCUGGAAGUGUUGACGACGUCAAUAGAGGAAUGAGCUUCCAUGACAAGAUCCCUCAAAGUGCGCAGAAGGGCAUAGAUCAUGGUGGCCAUUCUGCUAUGGAUGUUGAUGUACCACAUGCAGAGGUGAUCAAGAAAACAUCUAACUAUCGAAGUAUCAUCACAGAUCUGUUUGAUGGAAGAGUUCAGAGCUCUGUACAAUGUCUCACCUGCAACAGAGUAAGAAACAUGAUUUUUGUUGAUAUUGUAUUUGUUAUUGCCAAUGUUUUCAUGCGUCUUUUUUCUCUCCAGAUCCUGUGUAUUCAUCUCAAACGAUUCAGGCAUGAGAUGUACUUUUCAUCGAAGAUAAGCCACUACAUAUCAUUCCCAGUAUCGUCACUCGACAUGAGGCCUUUCCUAGCAAAAGACUUCAGGUCUGCUAAUGGUCACAAAGCUGCCAGUUCAUAUGAUUUAGUUGCCAUCAUUUCUCAUCAUGGCAGUGUAGGCGCGGGUCAUUAUGUGGCGUUUGCUAAAAAUUACAUCAAUAACAAAUGGUUUGAGUACAAUGAUUCAUGGGUCAGUGAAGUGUCUGACUCGUUUAUAUCGAAUGUGGAAGCAUAUGUUUUAUUUUACAGAAAAGUGAGCGAAGAUGCUUCAAAAGAACGACAGUGGUUGUUUAACAUGAUGAGAAAUCCCGAGCCCUGUGUGCAGUGUUAUUAUGUAUCAAGAUUCUGGUUCACUAAAUUCCAGACGUGUGCUGAUCCAGGUCCAGUAACGAACACUGACUUUGUUUGUGUCCAUGGAGACGCUAUUCACCCMAAAAAUCAUCACCGAAUAAAAGAACUGGUCACUGCCAUCCCUGAAAUUGUAUGGAACCAUAUCUAUAACAGGUAUGGCGGCGGUCCUGUGGUUACAAGACUGGAUGCCUGUGAGCUUUGCAAGAAAGCAAUGGAGCAGAAAGAAAGAAGGCGAGAUUAUGAAGUGGAAAACUUCAAAUCGUUAAACCAGCWGUACCCUGCUGCAGAGAAUGUCGAUGUGUAUUGUAUAAGUAUGAGUUGGUUCAGACAGUGGGAAGCGUUCGUCAAACAACAGGAGGAAGAUCCUCCAGGACCGAUUGAUAAUCGUACCAUCAUCACAGCCAGAGGAAACAAUAAAGUAUUAAAAUCAAAUGCCGAUUACGGUCAAGUGUCCAAGGAAACGUGGGACUUUUUGUAUGGAAUUUAUGGCGGAGGGCCUGUAUUUGCACUAGAAGCAGAGACAGACGAACAGGAAAUAUAAUUAGGCUUGAAUUAAGAACCGAAUUCAACGUAGUAAAUUUACAUAAACGAGAUACAUGGACAUUAACCGAGGCAAGGCGAUAAAGAAAACUAACACUCAACGCUAAAAAAACGCGCGAAAAGAACAAAAAAAAACCAUAAACACAUUUCCAAUUAACUCGAAUGAUAGCAUAUUAAGAAAUCUAUUUGACAUUAAAUAGAGACCCAGCUUUGUAGAGACACAUACAUGUACAGAAAAAAAAACAUGGCGACCUUGUACAUCUGAUUCAGUCAUGCAUCAUUUGAAUGUAUAUAUUUUCGAGCUCUCGUCUCAAGAAUUUCGUCAUAAAAAUAUUCGUGGUCAAUUUUAAAGAUCUCAUAAACUGUACCAUMAGUUUMUUGUAAGAMCCUUAAAARCAUUUAUCCUUAAAAAAAAUUCACUCAGUUUSUUWCGGUCGCCAUAUUGAAUGARCCUGCGRUAAAAUUACAAUUUGGUCAGCAGUAUGUGAAUAGUGGGUCAAAAAAUAUGAAGAUUAAUUGAAGCAUAAUUUAAUAAGCACGCAAGCCUUCUAAAGGCGUUUUUUUAAAUCCAUUUGUGAACAUAAAGCCAUUUUAAUCCAUUGAUUAUAGUAUGCUCGUCGAUCCGCUUCACCGUAUUCUCAUCCUUGGGAGGGGAGGUUGAUUGCCAGUUUAAUCCUAUGUAGGGGAGGGGAGGGUAUAUUUUGUCACUCUCAAGGAACUAUUUCUUGCAUGCAACUGGGAUUUAAGUUUUAAUGAAUUUGCACAGCAUAACCCUUUUUCAUUCGCGUUUCAACUGAAACAGUUGGAGAUAUAAGUUAUCGAGAUUUAUAGAGUGACAAAAAAAAGUCCUCAAAAAGAUGUAUGUUGUGAGUGAUUAAAGGUGUUUUCAAACAGAAGACAAACCUUGAAAACCUCGUCUUAUUGAUAGCGAUUUUGAGAUAUUUUAAAGCAUGCCUAAAACGCCCGAAAGAUACUUUCCUCAGUGAAUGUCAAGUAAAAAUUUCUUUCAUAAAAAAAAUAUUAUUACAUGCAUGUGCUAUUAAUGAAUAAURAAAUAAAUAAUAACUAAUWAUGUUA